GUUCACAGAUAUCGUGACUCGACUCUGGAUCAAACCCAUGGUUGUGGUAGCAUAUAGUCAUACCCAUGUCCACCUACGUUCUACACUCCACGUCGACCCCUUUCUUGUCAAACCUGAGUGACAAGUACCGUGCCAUCAUUAAAAUCGACACUGUGUUGCCGCCGAUACCGCUGGAUAGCUAGGUAACUGUCGCCGCCCUGAGCCGGCCUGGGGAACCCUAACUUUCCCACCGACGCAUUCGCUAAGGGGUCAGCAAAAAACAUCCGCACCCAGGACGUUACCUAAGCUAGCCGCUGCAAUCAGACAACCAUCCACGGUGAAUUCCUGCCGGACGAUCACUUCUUCCCUCGGAAAAAAAUACCAAUAGAGAGCAGGAAAGGCGAUGGCGACGGCACCAGUCCACCCGCGCGUCGGCGUCGCGGCGCUCAUCCGCAACGCGGCGGGGCGGUUCCUGCUCGGAAGGCGGAAGGGCAGCCACGGCGCAGGGACGUGGGCGUUUCCGGGGGGGCACCUGGAGGCGGGGGAGACGCUGGCGGGGUGCGCGGAGCGGGAGACGGCGGAGGAGACGGGGCUGCGGGUGCGGGGCGCGGGGGUGGCCGCGGUGACGAACGACGUGUUCGCCGCGGACCGGCACUACGUGACGGUGUUCGUGGCGUGCCGGCUGGAGGACCCGACGGCGGCGGCGGAGCCGGCGGUCCGCGAGCCCGACAAGUGCGAGGGCUGGUACUGGGUCAGCUGGGAGGAGAUCCGCCUGUGGUGCGCCCACCACGACGACGCCGACGACGUCGCCGCCCCCGAGUGGGCCCACAACAGGUGCUUCCUCCCCGUCCGCAACCUCCUCCGCGACUACCCCCAGCUCCCCCUCUCCCUCCCCACAUAGCCGCGCGGUUGGUGGCGCCAGGGGGUUGACGGGGGUGUUCCGACUGCGUUAGAGAGGUUACGGGGCGCACCUCACUACGGAUAGGUAUAGCCGUGCGUAGGCGCGUUGCGGUAUUUCUUGGGCGAUUCGCCGAGUGAUGAUAAUAUU